AUGGGCGAACAAAUAAUCUUCAAUGUCUCUGAGUCGACAACUGACGGGACCUAUAAUGUCACUAUAUGGGUUCCCAAUCCAACCGACUCCAAUCCCAAGAGCCCUACCUCGUGGGUUUCUAAAGGCCCAGUUCCUCGAACAGUCCCAACGGGCAAACAAGCUGCUCCAGGCUUUUUUUUCGAUGAGACCAGCGACCUCCUCCUAAUGUCGUUGUGGAGUUUUAAAGGUCAAGCGGGUGGCGAUGCCACUCCGUUCUAUGCCGCGAGAAUUAGCUCUCACUUGGGCCUGAUCGACAGUGUUGAGUUGCCGGUCAAAGAUACCUUCGGCGCUGUUUAUAUAGGAGGACUCGUUGUUACUUCUUCAAAUGGUUGCGAUAUAAUCAAAAAUGUAACCCCGGAUUAUAUGCAACGUUCCGUGGACAAUUCUUACUGGAUUCGGCAACCCAAUGGGUCAGCAUGGUAUGAGAUUACAAUCACACCGUCGACUACUCCCGGUUCGAAAAAAGGACCUCUUGCAGCGGUGAACGGCCAAUUGAUUUGCCCGACAGCCAUGUUUCCUAACUUCAAUUACGUACACUAUCUGAGCCUCAGGUCGUUACAUGAGGUGACAUUCCGCUACUUCUGGUUGGAUAGCUUUCAACCACAAUACCUACCAACAAGCUCUGGUGGCAAUGCUUACUGUACAAGGACUCAAGUUCUGUUACCUGAGAAUGCUAACCCCAACUUCUGGGACAGCGACUUUUAUCCAAUGGGAUCUCUGGUGACAAGCAACAACAAUUCGAACACAUAUCUCUUGUACAUGUUCUGGGCAUGCGAUUUGACCUCCGGCAUUGGCUAUUAUUACGUUCAAUUGGAAAGCGACGGAUCGCUCAACACUUCUACCGAUACCAUUCAAGCACAAGGUUAUGCAACUGUUCCUGGAACAUCCAAGAUGGAUGCUAAUUGGUUCAAUGUCGUGCAAGCGAUGGGAAGGGUCUUUUGUUUUUGGAGUUCAGGAUCAAAGUGCUUAGGGCUAUCAUCUUCUAUUGCAUCAGAUGGGACUAUUAAAGGUGAUUGGACAUGGGUUCAAGGACCGACAACCGGCCCCGCAACCAAGGGGGUCUUCUCUUGUGUCUCUGUUCCGAAGCCAUGGUAUACAAUGCCCUCUGGCUUGUAA